UUUGUUUUGUUUUAUGUUUUUUUUUUACUCUUUGAAGCCUUUUUCACGUUAGCGCUGGAUCGCUGCACCCAUCCCUCUCUCUCCUCCAUUGAAGCGUACUCCGAAUCCUCCAUUGAAGCGCCUUCCGAGCUUUCUCUCCUCCAUUGAAGCAGCUUCUCAGGUAGCAAAGACUGAUUGGAUCUUCAAAUGUAUAAAUUUUGUACAUGAUGUGAUAGAAUGCCAAUAGCAUCCAUUUGAUUACUUUGGUUGACUUGUGAGAGUGAUAACAUUUCAAAGCUUCUGAUUCUUCCAUGGAACCUUUCUUGAAAUCCAGUGGUAUUCCAGAGGCAUGGCAUAUCAUUGUAGCAAUAUAUUUCGCUGUUUUCUUCGUUGGUGCAAGAUUCUUCUUUGACAAAUUCAUUUUCCGUAGGCUAUCCAUAUGGUUAUUGAGUUUGAGUAAGAAAGCUGCUCCAUUGAAGUUUGACGAGGCUACCAAAGCAAAAAUCGCAAAGUGCUCUGAGUCAUUAUGGAAGCUGACUUACUAUGCCACAAUGGAGGCAUCAAUUCUUUGCAUUAUCUUUUAUGAACCAUGGUUCAGAGAUUCGAAGGAGUAUUUCAAAGAAUGGCCGAAUCAAGAGCUUAAAAUUUCUUUGAAACUAUUCUAUAUGUGCCAAUGUGGGUUCUACAUCUAUAGCAUUGCUGCCCUUCUUACAUGGGAAACUCGAAGGAAGGAUUUUGCAGUAAUGAUGUCUCAUCAUAUAAUCACUGUUCUUCUUAUAAGCUGCUCAUAUAUGACAAGCUUUUUCAGGAUUGGAUCAAUUGUCUUAGCUCUGCAUGAUGCAAGUGAUGUUUUCAUGGAAGCUGCUAAAAUUUCCAAAUAUUCUGACAAAGAGCUUGCAGCAAGCGUGUUCUUUGGUUUAUUCGCUCUGUCAUGGCUCAUGUUACGGCUAAUAUUCUUUCCUUUUUGGGCAAUUAGAGCUACCAGCAUUGAUCUCUGUACGGUCUUGAACCUUUCGGACCCCUAUGAUAAAGUUCGGUACUAUGGUUACAAUACCAUGUUGAUUAUGCUGCUUAUUUUCCAUGUGUACUGGUGGAUACUCAUAUGUUCCAUGAUAAUGCGGCAGCUGAAAAAUAAAGGAAAAGUUGGGGAAGAUAUAAGAUCUGAUUCAGAGGAUGAUGAAUAGGUGGAAAAUUUUGGUACAGUUAAUCCAAUUUAGAUCUUGAAAAUAUCUGCAUACAGAUCAUUUGGAAAAAUGUAGCACAUCUCAAAUUGCUCUUGAAUCGGCUCCCAGCUUGGAUAUGGUAUGAGAUGAAGUGCUUCCAUUGGAUUAAAAUUUUUCCUGUAUAGAUAACAUGUUGUAUGAUUGUUAUCUCAAGCGUCACAUCCUUUACGCAGAAUUAGAAACCAUAUAUUGUAAAGUGCAGCGAUUCUUUCCAUUGUAGCUGCCUCUACUCGGUAGCUGGUUAAGGUGCAGUUAGAGCUACAUACUGUCAGAUGAAGUACGUGAUUAAUGAAAAAUAUUGAAUGUUUUCGCUCAUGAUAACUCAUUAAAUCUUGGACAAGUUUUGGCCUUUUUGUAGUACUACAAGUAUCAACAUUGAAGAUAUUGUACUCGUACUAUGCAUGCUGGAUUGGGGAUUUUCUUCAUAUCAA